GCACUUGCAGCCAUUUUCUGCUCUUUGUGUGGGGUGGAUUAGAGCUGGUUCGGCACCGGGGCAAAACUAGACCACCAGUCGACUCUGAAGACGUGCUCAAGGCGGUGAAGAGGUCGAAUCGGCGUUGCACUGCCCGUCCGUCCUCCCGUGUUGUCGGACGGACAUGAGAUUUGCAGACUUGAGUGUGGUGUGAUUGAGGCAUUGUAACCAUGACGACCCACGUGACGCUUGAAGAUGCCCUGUCCAAUGUGGACCUGCUGGAGGAGCUGCCCCUCCCAGACCAGCAGCCAUGCAUUGAACCCCCUCCCUCCUCCAUUAUGUACCAGGCCAAUUUUGAUACCAACUUUGAAGAUAGGAAUGCAUUUGUGACUGGCAUUGCUCGUUAUAUUGAGCAAGCUACAGUCCACUCCAGCAUGAAUGAAAUGCUGGAGGAAGGACAUGAGUAUGCUGUGAUGCUUUACACUUGGAGAAGCUGCUCUCGAGCUAUUCCACAGGUGAAAUGCAAUGAGCAACCCAACAGAGUUGAGAUCUACGAGAAAACAGUGGAGGUGUUGGAGCCUGAAGUCACCAAGCUCAUGAAGUUUAUGUACUUCCAACGGAAAGCUAUAGAACGUUUCUGUAGCGAAGUGAAGCGUCUCUGCCAUGCUGAGAGAAGGAAAGACUUUGUUUCUGAGGCCUAUCUCCUCACUCUGGGCAAAUUUAUCAACAUGUUUGCUGUACUGGACGAACUGAAAAACAUGAAAUGUAGCGUAAAGAAUGAUCAUUCUGCUUACAAAAGGGCUGCUCAGUUCCUGAGGAAGAUGGCUGACCCUCAAUCCAUCCAGGAAUCUCAGAAUCUGUCCAUGUUCUUAGCCAACCACAACAGGAUCACUCAGUGCCUGCACCAACAGCUGGAAGUGAUUCCAGGUUACGAGGAACUUUUGGCUGAUAUCGUCAACAUCUGUGUAGAUUAUUACGAGAACAAGAUGUAUUUGACUCCGAGUGAGAAACACAUGCUUCUCAAGGUGAUGGGAUUUGGUCUUUACCUGAUGGAUGGGAAUGUGAGUAAUAUCUACAAACUAGACGCCAAAAAGAGGAUCAACCUUAGCAAGAUUGACAAAUUCUUUAAACUUCAAGUGGUGCCACUAUUUGGAGACAUGCAGAUAGAGUUGUCCCGCUACAUUGAGACAAGUGCUCACUACGAGGAAAACAAGUCCAAGUGGACGUGCACCCAGAGCAGUAUUUCGCCACAGUACAACCUGUGUGAGCAGAUGGUCCAGAUCAGAGAGGACCACAUUCGCUUCAUUUCUGAACUGGCACGCUAUAGCAACAGCGAAGUGGUGACGGGCUCAGGCCUGGACAGCCAGAAAUCAGAUGAGGAGUACAGAGAGCUUUUUGACCUUUCACUGAGGGGUCUGCAGUUGUUGUCCAAGUGGAGCACGCAUGUCAUGGAAGUUUACUCAUGGAAGCUGGUCCAUCCCACAGAUAAAUUUUGUAACAAGGACUGUCCGGGCACAGCAGAGGAGUAUGAACGAGCCACACGUUAUAAUUACACCAGUGAGGAGAAGUUUGCGCUAGUGGAAGUGAUUGCCAUGAUUAAAGGGCUUCAGGUCCUGAUGGGCCGAAUGGAGUCCGUGUUUAAUCAGGCUAUCAGGAAUACCAUCUAUGCAGCACUGCAGGACUUUGCCCAGAUGACCCUCAGAGAGCCUCUGCGCCAAGCCGUGCGCAAGAAGAAGAAUGUCCUCAUUAGCGUUCUUCAAGCCAUUCGAAAAACCGUUUGUGACUGGGAAGGAGCAAGGGAACCACCAAAUGAUCCGUGUCUGAGGGGGGAGAAGGACCCCAAAGGCGGUUUUGAUAUCAAGGUGCCCCGGAGAGCUGUGGGGCCUUCGAGCACACAACUGUACAUGGUGCGCACUAUGUUGGAGUCACUGAUUGCAGACAAGAGUGGCUCUAAAAAGACCCUGCGCAGCAGUCUGGAUGGACCCAUUGUGGUAGCCAUAGAAGACUUCCACAAACAGUCCUUCUUCUUCACACACUUGCUCAACUUCAGUGAGGCCCUGCAGCAGUGUUGUGACCUGUCCCAACUCUGGUUUAGAGAGUUCUUCCUUGAGCUAACCAUGGGCCGCAGAAUCCAGUUCCCUAUUGAGAUGUCCAUGCCGUGGAUUCUCACCGAUCACAUCCUGGAGACCAAGGAACCGUCAAUGAUGGAGUAUGUGCUGUAUCCCCUGGAUUUGUACAAUGACAGUGGCUACUAUGCUCUUACUAAGUUCAAGAAGCAGUUCCUCUAUGAUGAGAUUGAGGCUGAGGUCAACCUUUGCUUUGAUCAGUUUGUCUACAAGUUGGCUGACCAGAUAUUUGCAUACUAUAAAGCAAUGGCUGGAAGUGUCCUGCUUGACAAGCGCUUCCGUGCAGAGUGUAAAAACUAUGGGGUGAUUAUACCGUACCCUCCUUCGAACCGCUAUGAGACGUUGCUUAAACAGAGACAUGUGCAGCUUCUGGGUCGCUCCAUUGACCUGAAUCGUCUUAUCACCCAGAGGAUCUCUGCUGCCAUGUACAAGUCUCUGGACCAUGCCAUCAGCCGCUUUGAAAGCGAGGAUCUAACCUCUAUUGUGGAGUUGGAGUGGCUUCUGGAGAUCAAUAGACUGACCCACCGGCUUCUGUCCAAGCACAUGACCUUGGACAGCUUUGAUGCCAUGUUCCGUGAGGCCAAUCACAACGUCUCAGCUCCCUACGGCCGAAUUACACUUCAUGUCUUUUGGGAGCUCAAUUUCGAUUUCCUCCCUAAUUAUUGCUACAAUGGAUCCACCAACCGAUUUGUACGCACAGCUAUUCCUUUCACCCAAGAGCCCCAGAGAGACAAGCCAGCUAACGUGCAGCCUUAUUACCUGUAUGGGUCCAAGCCUCUGAACAUUGCCUACUCUCACAUAUACAGCUCCUACAGGAACUUUGUUGGCCCACCUCACUUCAAGACCAUUUGUCGUCUUCUUGGUUACCAAGGCAUUGCUGUUGUGAUGGAGGAGCUGCUCAAGAUUGUCAAGAGCUUGUUACAGGGCACCAUCUUGCAGUAUGUAAAAACACUCAUUGAAGUCAUGCCCAAAAUCUGCCGCCUACCCCGCCAUGAAUACGGCUCCCCGGGGAUCUUGGAGUUCUUCCACCAUCAACUCAAGGAUAUAAUCGAGUACGCUGAGCUCAAGACAGAUGUCUUCCAGAGUUUAAGGGAGGUGGGGAACGCCAUUCUCUUCUGCCUGCUCAUUGAGCAAGCUCUGUCACAGGAGGAAGUGUGUGACCUUCUUCAUGCUGCCCCCUUCCAAAACAUUCUCCCAAGAGUAUACAUCAAAGAGGGAGAGCGUCUGGAAGUGAGGAUGAAAAGACUGGAAGCAAAGUACGCCCCUCUCCACCUGGUGCCUCUGAUUGAGAGGCUGGGAACCCCUCAGCAAAUUGCCAUUGCACGUGAGGGAGAUUUGCUGACCAAAGAACGCCUGUGCUGUGGCCUUUCCAUGUUUGAGGUCAUCUUGACGCGUAUCCGCAGCUUCUUGCAAGACGGAGUGUGGCGCGGGCCUCCUCCCACCAAUGGUGUCAUGCAUGUCGAUGAGUGCAUGGAGUUCCACCGCCUCUGGAGUGCAAUGCAGUUUGUGUAUUGCAUUCCAGUAGGCACUCACGAGUUCACAGCAGAGCAGUGCUUUGGCGAUGGCCUGAACUGGGCCGGCUGUGCUGUCAUUGUUCUGUUGGGACAGCAGCGUCGCUUUGAUCUCUUCGACUUUUGCUACCACCUGCUCAAAGUGCAAAGACAAGAUGGCAAGGAUGAGAUCAUCAAAAAUGUGCCACUGAAGAAGAUGGCAGACCGCAUCAGGAAGUACCAGAUCCUUAACAAUGAAAUCUUUGCUAUCCUGAACAAGUACAUGAAGGCCGUUGAGACAGACAGUUCCACUGUGGAGCAUGUUCGCUGUUUCCAGCCUCCUAUACACCAAUCCCUGGCUACCACUUGUUGAAAAUAGAUGUCGGCAGACAGCACACACUGAAACACCCACAUUCCUCAUGGAUGUGAUGCCCUUUCUCGUAUAUCGAUCUCUGGUCUCUUACAGUUGAGAGUUACUUCAUUUCCUCCUCACAUUGGCGGAAGAAAUUCUGUUUUGAAUCAUCUCAAACUGUUACCUUCACUGAAAUUUCGGAGAUUGCUUGCAGUAGUGGAGUCGAGGAGAGGUGGAAGUACAAAGUAUAUCUUCACAACUGAAUUUGUUUAUGUGAAUAUACACAUGACUUGCAAUCAGAUUCAUGCAUGCCCUCUCAUAUUCUUUCAGCUGUACACCACAUUGGAUUUCUUAAGCAGAUGAGAAAAUAUGAGUCCAGGUCUUCAAUGACUGUGAGUCCUAGCAUAAGGUAAAUACGAUUCCUAAUGGAUGCUAAUUAUUCAAGUUAUUAGUCAUGUCAGCAACAAAACCAGAGGCACGACUACGGAUGCUAUGGGCUCACAUCCACAUUCCCGAAUAUAUUUCUUUCUCAUUUAUGUAAUUAUUUGAUGUGACGAUGAUAGGUCAUCUGUCUACAAAUACAGUGAUUUCUUUAAAAAAAAUAAGACAGUACCGGUAUUUUUUUUUUUUUUAAUGCGUCCGCUUACUAGCAAGGAAACAAUGUUACAUGGCCGGCCGGUUUCAUUUGCGUUUCAUUAUCCCACCCCCUCCAAACUCAUUUGAUUAUCUUGACACAUUUUUAUUCAACGCAAAUUUUAAUGUAAAUUUCACAGUCGAACUAAGUGAAGUGAUGUGUGUUGUAAUUGUUCUUGUUUUAAUAUGAAUACUUUUAUUUACAUAUUCUUGGUAUGCUUUUCUGCUACGGACUGGAAACCUCAUUUCUUUUUCUUUUUUUUCCUGUUGGAAAGAUUUUUAUAUGCUGUUGACGAAUACAGUGUUGGUAUUCCUUACGUAGAAAGAAAACAAAAUGAUUGGUGAAUAUGUUUUGUUUUUUCAAGAAUCUGAAACAGCAACAAGAUGAGUAAAUACCUCUGGGUGGAUGACAACAGUGCUAUACUAGAUUAACCUGUUUGGCGUGUGUGUGUGUGGAUGAUGCUGGUCCAAUAGAUGUGUGAAAUGAAGAAAAACAUGUCAUUAAUUGAGCAUUUCUUGAAAAUAGUCAGUAUUGAUUAUUGUUGGAUUUUUGCUUUAGUUUUAGCAAUGCUAUCAAGCUAUGAUAAAUUAGCCCUUAUUUUUUCACAAGAAGGAUAACAGAUGACUUA